AUGGAAGGAGUCGCGCUUGCUUUGAAUGGAACCUACAAUGCCCAUUCCUCCUAUUGGCUUCCAUUGCUAAAGAGAACAUUUGUCCAGGAACCUCAAAAUGUGUUCCUAUGGAAGAAAAGGCUAUCACCUACAUGGACCUUGUUUUUGUUCAAAGCUGCGGCGGAUGGUGACGUGGAAGCAUUUAGUGACUGCCAAGUUGCUCUUGAUUGCCUGGUUGACGGAAGCCAAAACACGGUGCUUCAUAUUUACUCCAGAACCGGAGGACGCCUGGUAGUCAAAAAUGUUAGAGCGUUUCCGUGUUUUCAGAAAAGGGUAUUCGAAAGAGAAUUCUCCAUUAACUUUGUGGAGCAACUUGUCAACAAGUGCCCAUCACUGCUACUGCAACGCAAUGCCAACUGGGAAAUCCCAUUGCACAUUGCAGCAAGACAUGGGCAUUCUGGCAUAGUCAAAGUCCUUAUUGAACGCGCCAAUGUAGUGCUACAUGAAGACCCGGAGAGAGGGUUGGAUGCAACCGGGGCGAGGCAGAUGCUGAGAAUGAGGGAUGAGGAAGAAAAUACUGCUUUCCAUUUGGCCGCUCGAUAUGGCCAUCUUGAUGUGUUGCGACUAUUGGUCAAAGAAGAUCCUGAUUUUGCUUUCUCCGCUAAUACAAGCGGUGAGACUCCACUCUACUUAGCUGCCGAGGGAGGAUAUCACGGUAUGGUUACUGAGAUGUUAGAUAAUUGCAAAUCAACGGUUUAUGGCGGCCCCAAUGGUAGAACAGCUUUGCAUGCAGCAGUCCUGGCCGGAGAUGAAAAGACAGUAAGGAAACUAAUAGAGGCAAAAAUGCAACUAACAAAACAAACCGAUGACAAUGGGCGGACUCCACUCCACUAUGCUGCGCAUUUCGGUAAACGUUCAAUUGCCAAAGUUUUGUUGGAAAACGAUGCAUCUGCUGCUUAUAUAAGUGAUAAAGAGAGAGGGAUGUCGGCUCUUCAUAUGGCAGCUUGGCAAGGCGAGCAAGGGAUAAUGGAAGAAAUUAUCUCCAAUUGUCCAGAUCGUGCACUUCAAGUACAGAGGAUGGAAGUCCCGGGCAAUAUUCCGACCAAAAUGACCGAAAGAAAGCAAGAUAUUCGCCAAUUGUUGAAUGACAUUGGUGAUAAUGCAGAAGUGGAAGGGUUACGCGUUCACCCAAAUUUCAGAGAAAAGGUAAAGGACGAGGAUGAUGUCUCCUUCAUCGAAUACGUGGAAAAAACACGAGAGACCCAUUUGCUGGUGGCAACGCUUGUAGCCACCGUAACAUUCACCGCAGCAUUCACCGUACCUGGUGGAUACAAGAGUGAUGAGCAAGGGGAUGCAACCUUAAGUCGUGACCCAGCUUUUAAAGCCUUCAUUAUAACAAAUACCCUCGCAUUUGUUUCCUCUCUUUUAGCGGUCCUGCUUCAUUUUCUCUUGGUAUGCCUGAAUUGGAGUCUAGUUAAUCUCCGAUUUCAGGUGAUUGGUCUCGCAGAAAUCUUAACUUUUUCUGCGAUGAUAGCAAUGGUGAUUGCUUUCAGCACAGGCAGUUACUCAGUGUUACAAUCUUCCAUGGGGUUUGCUAUCGCCACAUGUUCCCUUGGCCUCACCUUCAUUCCCGGUUUGCUCAUUGCUUAUGCCAUUUUUCACUUCUUUUUCUUAUGA